ACUGGGUCCCUUUGCAGUAGUGUGAACUGGAGAGUUGUAGACAGAGCCGAGCAGAAGCGUGAACAAACAGAAUUAGUGCCAUAAAGUGAAUAUUUGACACUAUCGCAAAGCUUUUUACUUUUACCGCGUGGAUCCGUCUUGUACUGUCACCAGAGAGGGACGCCGACAGCUUACAACGCGCGCGCGUCAGCUGGUAUGAGUUAACCCAUCAGACAUGGAAACCAAACCUUUCUUGUCAUUGGGGUUCCUGAAACCCCAGUGCUCGAUACCACCGCCACCUCAGAGAGGACGAGCAGAAGCAUGCACGUGUUUCAGCGGAAUGUGUGCUCUUCAUCAACGCAGGCUUUCUACAGACUUGUUAAUGCCAAGGACCCCCAAAUGUGAUGAUCCCUUUAGACGGACCCCCUUCCUAACAUAUAAAGACUCCUCGGGACAGGUGACGUCCUCUCCUCUUAGCUCACCCACGUCCCACCGGGGGAUGCAUCCGUCACUGCUGAGCCCGACUUCAUUAGGCCCCUCGGGGUCUCUGCACUCCCCCAUCAGCACUCUGAGCUCGCCCAUGAACGGCCUGGGCUCUCCCUUUUCUGUCAUCAGCUCACCCAUGGGGCCACAUUCCAUGGCGUCACCCGGGAUGGGCUACGGCCCCAGCAUCAGCCCACAGCUGAAUUCGCCCAUGAACUCUGUCAGCAGCUCAGAAGAUAUCAAGCCACCCCUGGGCAUCAACGGUGUGAUGAAGGUGCCAGCCCAGCCCUUGGGCACCCCCCUUUCCCUCACCAAACACAUCUGUGCCAUCUGCGGCGACCGCUCCUCAGGUAAACACUACGGUGUGUACAGCUGCGAGGGGUGCAAGGGUUUCUUCAAGAGGACUGUGCGUAAGGACCUGACCUACACUUGUCGAGACAGCAAGGACUGUAUUAUCGACAAACGCCAGCGCAACCGCUGCCAGUACUGCCGCUAUCAGAAGUGUUUGGCCAUGGGCAUGAAGAGAGAAGCCGUCCAGGAGGAGCGCCAGCGAGCCAAGGACCGCAGCGAGAACGAGGUGGAGUCGACCAGCAGUACAAACGAAGACAUGCCUGUGGAGAAGAUCCUGGAGGCGGAGCUUGCUGUGGAGCCCAAGACGGAGACUUACAUUGAAACCAAUGUACCGAUGCCCUCGAAUUCACCCAAUGAUCCAGUCACAAACAUCUGUCAGGCCGCAGACAAGCAGCUCUUCACUCUAGUGGAAUGGGCCAAGAGGAUCCCGCAUUUUUCCGAGCUCCCGCUGGACGACCAGGUCAUUCUUCUACGAGCAGGAUGGAAUGAGCUCCUCAUUGCAUCAUUUUCACACCGUUCAAUAGCAGUGAAAGAUGGGAUACUGUUGGCCACAGGAUUGCACGUGCACCGGAACAGCGCCCACAGUGCCGGAGUAGGAGCCAUAUUUGACAGGGUGCUGACGGAGUUGGUGUCAAAGAUGAGAGACAUGGAGAUGGAUAAAACAGAGCUAGGGUGCCUUCGAGCCAUUGUCCUCUUCAAUCCAGACUCCAAAGGCCUGUCAAACCCAGGUGAGGUGGAGGCGCUGAGAGAGAAGGUCUAUGCCUCUCUGGAAGCCUACUGCAAACAGAAGUACCCUGAACAACCUGGAAGGUUUGCUAAGCUGUUGCUGCGGCUCCCUGCCCUGCGUUCCAUUGGACUGAAGUGUUUGGAGCAUCUGUUCUUCUUCAAGCUCAUAGGGGACACGCCCAUCGAUACCUUCCUCAUGGAGAUGUUAGAGGCGCCCCACCAAAUGACAUAAUGCCCUCCUGUCGCCAGGGGGACACAAGGGUCUGCCACCCCAAAGGCCCCUUAGAAACUGAACAUGUGACACCAUUUCCCAGAGCAAAGGAACUUUCAGAACCAAUACACAGUCAUGGCGUCCAUGGGUCUGUUUUAUACUUUGUAUAAAGAUAUAAAUAUAUAUACAACACAUAAGAAAAAAGAUGACAAUGGGCUUCAAGCCCACAGACAACAGUGGACACGGGCUGUAAUCAGCCUCAUUCAGGAUUGGAUAGGGCCAUCCUGGGCUGGCGUGUCUGGGCACAUGAAGACUUAUGGGAGAUGAUGGUAAUGCGGGUAAUAAUCGGGGUUUCUAACACAAACAUAGUGUUUUCAGCCCCUGGUGGGAGUUUUUGCGAUUACAAUCCUGCUCAAAUUGCUGUUUUUCCCUCAAGCGGGCAGUUCCUGAUAGAAUGUUCUUGUAAUUACCGUCAUUUAAGAAGUGAGUUUGCUCUGAACCAAGUGAGGAAUCACAGUUCACCCCGAGCAUCAUCAGUGGUGUGUGGGAGACGCAAUAAUGACGUAACUUCAGGAUCAGACAGGAAGGGACUCCUGAGGUCGCUGGGAGCAGAUCCCAGCAUCUAAUGAGCCACCCUGAGUUUUGGAUUAUGAUCAUUCACACUUGCUCAUUAUGCACUCGAAACAUGAGCUUUUAAAAAUCCAAUCUGCCUGUUGUCACAGAGCCCAUGAUGCUGAACGAUGUAAACCAAGGAUGCUUAUAGUGGACAUCCUGCCACCUGUAAGCCGCCCACAUGUCCCACUGUGUCUCGUCUGUAUACCAAUUCACCUCAACACUUGUACAGUUUAUUACAGCCAAUUCAGUAUUGGUAUCCUGUAUUUUUUUUGGAUGCUUUUUCAAAAUGUGUGCCGUUACCUCUCUUUCAGUCACUUUUACUAUGGUAUAUUGAGUCUUUUGUGUCCCCCGUCCACUCCUGCGUCAGCCGUUCGCACGAGCUGCCUCAUGCAUUCAGGUCUUGCAAAUGUGUGUUAUCAUUAGGAUGUUUCUAAGCACUUAACCUCAUGUUUCAUGUCCCAUUGUUGUGUUUUUGGAGCUGCCUUUUUUUAUGGGGUAUCAUCUGUUUCCUGGGUCUGUAAUUUGCCAUCUUCAGCAUUUUCUUUAUUUCUGUAUGCUGCUGCUGCUAAACUAUGCAUUUAGCAUUUUUUGUUUUUUCUCCCCAAAGACUGGCCAUACUGAGGUUGAUUUUCAAACUCUGGCAACGAAAGACCACAUGUGAACAAGGUUACACCGCCAGGACCAAGAUCCGGGUCUCCAGCAGUUUAUAGAGAGCCAUUAGGAGUGGAGCAGUACUGGUAGGGAAUAAUACUGAGGCAAUGGGAGAGCUGAGACUUCCACCUAGUGGUGGAGAUGCAGCACUGCAACAUUACUUGAAUUUUGUACAAGUAUUUAAUUGGAUAAAAAAUGGCACUUUUACGUGAUAUUAUCAGUGUUUGUUUUUGUUUGAGUGCAGUCUCACAGGGGUCUUCAGCAAUAGCUUGAUUUCGAUCACUCGAGAUGGUUUAUCCAGAGUGAAGCCCAACCAACUUCAGUCGAUGCUGUUUAUUGGGAUUCGUCUCUAUGAUUACAUUUCUAAAAAAUCAGCUUUUUGUCCUCUUACCCUCAUUUCCUUAGCGUGGCAAAUGAAUUUCAAUGGCUUCACUAGACUUUUUAAUGAAUUAAUAUUUUGGAUCACCGGUAUCUUGAAGCCAUAUUCAGGUUUGAGAUCAAAAACGUUCUCCUGUUGGAAAUGGAGUAAUUCAGAAAUUAUAACCUAGAUAGAAUUAAUGCAUACGCAAAUGCUUUAUAACAUAAAGCUAUAUUUUGUCUAUAUGUAAAUGUGUGUACAUUUCUAAAUAUGAAAGUAUAUAAAUCCAGUCUUUAAAAUGUUUCCGAACAAUUAUUAAGGGAGCCAAGCAUUUUUCUUAAAUUGACUAAAACCAGGCCUAAUUGCACUGUUGUAUUCUCAGAUACUAGAAAUGUUUUUAAUUGCUGAAGCUUUUGUGUUCAGCCUUGAAUUACACACACAAAAAAGUCAAAUUUUAGACUAAUACCAGCAGUUCAGAGCCCUAAGAAAAGAUCGUACACCAGCUCCUUGACUUAUGAAUCAUUUUAUGUUCACAAAACCUCAAACAAAUGUCUUGUUAGUGAAAAAA